CAUUACCUUAUUUUAAUUAAGUUUAAUUGUAGCAUUUGUAGCUCAAAGCAUUCAUUGUUUAAAUUAAUUCAAUUAAUAACUGAAAAUGAAUAGAGACAAAAGAGAUCCUGAUUUUCCAGUUGAGUUAGAAUCUCAAUUUCUAUUGAGACUACCAGAAGAACCGGCCAAAGCCCUCAGAGAAGCCUUACAAACAGGAGAAAAUUUCAAAAACAGGUUGACAAUACAAAUGGAUAAUGAUAUGAGAAAUGGAGAAGUACGAUUAGAUCAUUGGUUACUUCAUGGGAAAGUAUACGACUUACCAACUAUUGUGGAGUCGCUCAAAACGAUUGACAGAAAAAGUGUUUACAAAACCGCAGACAUUUGCCAAAUAAUGAUUUGUAAAGAUGAAAUUGACCCAUCGUCUACAGAAGAGGAAUCUCCAGCAAAAAACAAAAAAAAAGAUUCUUUCAAAGUUGAUAAAAAAUUCUUGUGGCCUCAUGGUAUAACUCCGCCAACAAAAAAUGUCCGUAAAAGGCGCUUUAGGAAAACUUUAAAAAAGAAAUGUGUAGAAGCUCCUGAAAUUGAAAAAGAAGUUAAAAGACUUUUAAGAGCCGAUAAUGAAGCAGUAAGUUUUACAUGGGAAGUGAUUCAGGAGGAGGAUGAUCAUUCUUCUAAACCAGAAACAGUCAAUAUUACAAAAACGGAGAAAGCAAAAACAAAGAAAGGACACAAUGUAAAAGCAGAAAUCGCUAAUCAAUCAUCUUCAAAAGUUGAAGAUAUAUUUGGUGGAGCUUUAAGUGAUAGUGAUUUAGAAGAUGAAAAUAUCAAUGUAGAUGUUGAAGACAGUAGAAUGUCUUCAUAUGAUGACCAAUACUCUGAAGCUUCAGUCCAAGGUUCAGAUCGUUUUGCAACACAGUUUAAUUCUGACAUGUUUUACUACUCACAAAUGUUAAACCCUGAACGAGCUGAUAAUGACACUGCUGAAAAACGAAAAGUUGUAGCUCAUAAAAGUGGUCUGCAGUACUCUGUUGAUGAUUAUUUAAAAGCACCAAGUGAAACUGGGGUAAAAAUGCAACAGUUGGCAACUGAAUUGGAAGAACUGAAACAACGCCGCCAAAGAACGCAACUGGAGAUAGCUGGAAUGGAAAAUAUGACUUUAAGACAAAGAUUUCAAGAGAUACUCCUCACUAUCAACAAGGAAAUAAUUUAUAAAGAAAUGGAAUACCAAAAAUUACUUAAACAGUAGUAAUUAAUGCUUCUUAAAUUGUAUUAUGCAUAUAUUAAACAUCCAUAUUUAUUAAACACUAGUGAAACCUUGUUAUGUUCGGCUGUGACUAUUCAUAAAUGAAUGAAAAGAAUUAUUGGUUAAGAUUACUAGGAUGUCAACUGCCAUACAUUGAUGGUACUUUAUAAAACAAACAUAAAUUGCAAUAACCACAUUUGAUGCAUCAAUUAUGAAAAUAGGUUAAUAUCAUAUUAGCAAUAAAAUAAUGAAACUGUAGCAAACCUAUCACAAUAUUAUUAAAAUGAAUUGUAAAUGUAAAGUAAGAUAAAUUCUAUAUCGAUUCAUGUGAAUUUACGAAUUUUAAAUAUAAUUUCAAAUAAUUUUUAAAAGACCAGUUAAGUGUAUACUGUGAUUUUCAUUUGAUGUAACAUAAAUAAUAAUAAACUUU